ACUGUUACAGAACGAUCAAUCGCCAAUAAAACUCUAAAUGAGAAGCAUGGAUUCCCGUAGUAUUUUCAAUAGUGCCUUGAGAAUAAAAAAGGAACCCAUCGACGAGUGGCUUCCCGAAAAUAAUUAUGAUAUAAUUGACAAGAAACCCAAUGUCAACGGUGGUCAGCACGUCGGAUUUCCGUUAAAUGAUUCGGAGUUUCGAAAAUAUGACGAUAACAAUAAAAUUAAGCAUGACGAAGUGCAUAUCGAGUUUGAGUGUAAAGUCGAGAAGCUCGACACGGAUUCAUUAGCAUUGAAGAAAAUUGAAGAUUAUUCUCCAAAUAAUUUGCAAGAUGUAAAAUAUGAUUUUGAACCCCAGAAAGUAAUAAAAAUAGAAAAUGUGUCAAGAGUGAAGGAAGAAAUGAAUUUGAAUUUCGAUCGUGAAUUCGGCGAGCCAAAUGAAAAAGAAAGCGAUAGAAAAGAUUCUAACUACAAACACGGGACCCAUUCAUGUAACACACGUGGCCAAACAUUUUCACGCCGAAAUAGCCUCAAAAUCCACACCGAUUCUGUGCACAAAGGUAUCACGUAUGCAUGUGACAUGUGUGAAUCGAAAUUCACGGCUAAGCAUAAUCUCCAAGCUCACAUCGAUGCGGUUCAUAAUGGUAUCAGUCAUGCGUGUUAUGUGUGCAAAAAGACGUUUAAACAUAAGAAUAAUCUGACUAGGCACGUUCAAUCAGAGCAUAAUCGUGUCAGACAUUCAUGUGACAUAUGCGGCAAGACAUUUGCACAAACGGGUAGUCUCAAAACCCAUUUCGAUGCAGUGCACAACGGUGUCACUCAUGAAUGUGAUAUAUGCGGAAAAUCGUUUGCCCAGAAAGGUCGUCUCAAAAUCCAUAUCACUGCUAUCCAUAAUGGUAUGAUGAAUUCGUGCGAUAUAUGCGGAAAUAAGUACUCAGAAAAGGGCCAUCUCAAGAGACACAUCGAUUUUGCGCAUCAUAAAAUCUUACAUGAAUGUGAUCGUUGUGGAAAGAAAUUUUCAGCCAAGAAUAGUCUAAAAAUACACGUCGAUACCGCGCACAAUGGUCUUAAAUAUGAAUGCGAUAUUUGCAGAAAAAAGUACUCAGGUAAGAGUGAUCUCAAGAAACACAUCGAUGUGGCGCACAAUGGUGUCACACAUACUUGUGAUAUAUGUAAAAAGAAAUUCUCCACCACCAGUAAUCUAAAAAAACACAUCGAUGCGGUGCACAACGGUGUCAGACAUGCAUGCGAUAUAUGUGGUAAGACAUUUUCACAAAAACAACGUCUCCAAAUCCACAUCGAUUCGGUGCACAACGGCGUCACCUACUCAUGUGGUAUUUGCGGGAAGAAAUUCUCAAAGAAAAGUAACCUCUGCUGCCACGUCAAUGCGUUUCAUAAAGGUACUAGAUAUACAUGUGAUACAUGUGAAUUAAAAUUUACAAGCAAGAGUAAUCUAAGAGUCCACAUCAGGGCAAAGCAUAUUGGUUCCAACUAUGCAUGUCAAUUCUGUGAAAGAAAAUAUAAAUAUCGAUCUACUCUAAAUAAACACGUCAAAUCGGCGCACAAUCAUAAUACCUUUGAAUGCGAGAAAUGUGGGAAGACAUUCGGACGAAAAGGAAAUCUCGAAGCUCACAUCGGCAUGGCGCACCGCUCAAGCUUCAUGACCAAAUAAAUUCAUAAAACUUAUACUCAAUUGUGUAAAAAUUGUACUUGCUUAUGACUUAUUUGAAAAUUUUCAUUUAUAAUAAUUUUAUCUUUUUUUACGCUACGUUAUCUCAAUACAUAAACGCAAUUUCUAAUCGAGUUUGUGAAAGAAAUCAAUAAAUUGUGGUCGACUAAAAA